GAUUCCUUGAAUACGCCGCGUCACAUUCUUCCUCAGUUUCAGAGGUAAAAAAAAAAGGCGAAAUAAAAAAUCAGAAACCCUAAUCAAAUCUCGGCAAAACAAAGGUGCAGCUUCAUUCCUCUGCUUUCUCACAUUUUCCUGGAAUAAUAUUUUCUGUAAAGAAUCAAAAUGGCGGACUCAACAAUCAUCAACGGCGAAGUGGACGAUCAGCCGGCCGUGGGCUUUUAUGAUUCUGAUCAACGAGGAAACGAAUCCAGAGUAAGCCAACUGACCAGGAAAAUCGAAGCUCUAGAGAGUGAGAAGGGGGAGCUUAUCGGUGAGAACAAUGAAAUCAAGGAGAAGAUCAAGAAACUGACUCUGGAGGUUGAUCAACUUAAGGGAAACAAAGAACAGAUGAAGGAAAGAUUAAAAGAUAUGAAGAUGGAAAUAGAUCAGUCGGAUGAGGUCAAGAAGCUUCUGGAAUCGAUUGCAGCUCGGGCAGUAGAGCUUGAAACGGAGGUCGCAAGGCUGCAGCAUGACCUGAUUUCUGCAAUGAACGAGGUAGAGGAAGCUAACGCUGAGGUGGGGGAAUUGAAGAAGGAAUUGCGAGAAAAAGGAUUGAAAGGUGAGGAAUUGGAGAGAGAAAUUGAGAACUUAAAGAAGGCUAAGGCAGAAGGUGAAAAGAAAAUGAGAGAGUUCGAGAGGAAGAUAGGGGUUUUGGAAGUCAAGGAGAUGGAGGAGAAGAGCAAGAAACUGAGGGCUGAGGAGGAGAUGAGGGAGAAAAUUGAUGAGAAGGAGAGAGAGAUUAGUGGAUUGAAGAAGAAGGUGGAGGAGUUGGAAUCUACGGUGAACAAAACUGGUGAAGAACUUCUGAAGUGGAAGGCUAAGAAGCAAGCAGUGGAUGAAGCAUUGAAAGAAUCUGAGGACAGGGCCAGGGCCAUGGAAGGGAAGAUUCUGCGGCUGCAGAAGGAGGGAGAGGAGACUGAAAAUGUGAUUAGUGAAUUGAAGGGGAAUAAGGUUCAGUGUGUUAAUGGGGACGCUAGGGACAUCACUGAGAGCAUCAGUGGUGUGGAGAAGGGGUUGAAUUUACCCAUUGUGGCAGCAGGGACUACUGGAGCAGUUUUAGUUGCAGCUGCUGUGGUUUAUCUUUGCUAUGGCAAGCGCCAAUGAUAAGCUGGCAGAAGAUAGAGGAAGGGAUAUCUAGUGGUUAUGGUCUUAUCAGUUAAAACUUGAUGGUUCAACAGUUUGAUAGGUUGAAUGAUUUUGCUUGAUUUUGGUUUUUAGCAAUAUGGUCUUGGUUUUGCUCUAAUAUUGGUCUUUUUGUAACUCUGCUUGUUGGUUUGACCUGUUCUGAUUAGAAAUGAAAGACUUCUACUCAGAUUUUAUAAUGAUUAUGCUAGUUUAGCUUAGAUAAAGUUAUUAGUGGCAA